UUAAGUCGCACGUCUGCUAACGUCUGCUAAUUUCGAAAGAGAGAAAGUUUCACAAAAAUUUUUCAGUGGCCAUGGCUUCUCAAAACGCAGAUCCCCGUCAAAGUCAAGAAGAACUUGAAAAACUUCUCUCCGCUUUGGAGGAAGACAAUAGGAAAUUGGAGAUAGAUCUGAGUGCUCAUAACAAGAAAAUCGUCAACAUAUCGGCAUUCCGUGCGGAUACUAGACGUGCUAUGGCCGAGGAGUUAGUGAGACUUGAGACGGAAAGAGAUAAUUUACUGGAUGAGCUGCAAAAGUUAGAGAAGGAUAACGAACGCUACACGAGGGAGCUGGAAGAACACGAUAGACGAUCACGUGACCGACAGGAGCUGGAAAUCGUGAGCAAUUCUGAUGUGGAGGAACUCGAGAGAAAAAAUGCGCAGCUCACGGAAGAAAUAAGGGGUAUUGAACACAAAAUUGAAAUUUUGAUUUCCACCAUAGCAGCAUUAACUACGACAAUACAGAUGACCGACAAGAUCACAGUGGAGUAUGGGAGCGAACUGGAAGAUCAAAGGAAAAAAUUGAAUGUCAUCACAAACGAAAUCGCAUUCAAGGAAUUCGAAAUACAAAAAUAUGAAAAUGGCAUAAAGAUUAUGGAUGAUGAUGUCGAAAGGAAAACUGCUGAACUGAGAGAAGCAGAACUAGAGAAUUCAAGUUUGGAGGAGUCUAUCAAAAAGGACGAAAUUCAAGUGAAGGUAACAAAUGCGGAGAAUUUGGUUGAGUGA